CGAUUAUUUUGAACUUCCGUUGUCGUCAACCUCUCUCUCUAAAUAGUUCUGGUCAGACUAUUGGGAUUAUUAGUUAAUGGCUCCGGCUCUGGUCUGGAACAGAACCAGAGGUUUACCACCCCCUGGGAGGUAAAACCUCCCAACUGCAAACUCAAUGGGCGUGCCCUGGUAUUAGCACUGCGCAAGCAGGAAGAAGGACCCAGUGCGUUCCUAGCUUUUAUAUACUAUCUAUGGUUCCUAGACUUGAGACUGCACACAACAUAAAUAUCUACGAAAAGGCAUCAUGGUGAACUGCUGUGGUCUACUUACUGCCACCAAGGAACCAGUUCCUCUGAAGAGCGUCGAUGUGGAGGUCACGGUGCGAGAUCACGUGGCGACGGUCGCCGCCACCCUGCUGUAUGAGAACAAAGAGCAGAGCCCCAUCGAGGCCGUCUUCGUCUUCCCGUUGCCCGGCGAUGCCGCCGUCUGCCAUUUCAGCGCCAAGAUCGGCCAGUCGGAGGUGGUCGCCGAAGUGCGGGAGAAGCAGAAGGCUCGCGAGGAGUAUGACGACGCGCUCACCAGGGGCCAGCAGGCCUUCCUAUUGGAGGAGAGCGAGAAGAGCCCGGACGUGUUCUCCCUGAGCGUGGGCAGUCUGCCUCCAGGGGAGAGCGCCUCCAUCAGGCUGGAGUACGUCACUGAGCUCGCAGUCCAGGCUGACGACGGCCUGAGAUUCUGCCUGCCUGCCGUGCUAAACCCACGCUAUCAGCCUUUGGGCAGUGAUGGCGGUGCUGGGACCAUCAGCUUCGGCCCUGGCACCUCUGUACCAGCCAGUCUGGUGCCCUACAGUCUGUCUCUCUGUGCCAGUGUCUGUUCUCCACGGCCCAUCACUAAAGUGGAAUCCAACUGCUCCCUGGACCCGGUGCAGUACCUCAACCAACAGCAGACCCAGGCCGCAGUAAAGCUGGCUGCGGGGCAUAAGUUUGACCGGGAUGUAGAGCUGCUGUUGUAUUACAAAGACUCCCACCUGCCUACGGCUGUGGUGGAGGCGGGCUGUGCGUCUGCUAAGCCUGGUUCUCUGAUGGGCGACCCGGUGGUCAUGGUCAGCCUCUACCCCGAGUUCCCGCCGGCGGUGAUGUCAUUAAUGACCAAGUCUGGGGAGUUCCUGUUUGUGAUCGAUCGUUCUGGAAGCAUGAGUUCGCCCAUGAGUAAUGCAGAUAGCAGUCAGAUUCGCAUUGAUAGUGCCAAGGAAACACUGCUUCUCCUGUUGAAGAGCCUUCCGAUUGGCUGCUAUUUCAACAUCUACAGCUUUGGUUCCAGUUAUACCCACAUCUUCCCGCAGAGUGUAGUUUACAGCCAGCAGACAAUGGAUGAAGCUCUGAAGGUGAUUGAGGACCUGCGGGCCGACAUGGGAGGAACAGAAAUUCUUGAACCACUUAAGCAUAUCUUCAAGCAACCCUGCAUCCCCAGUCAGCCAAGACAACUGUUUGUCUUUACUGACGGCGAGGUGUCUAACACCAAGGCAGUGAUAGAUGUGGUGAAGAGGAAUUCUGGUUCUCACAGGUGUUUCUCUUUUGGUAUUGGCGGGGGAGCCAGUACGGCCCUCAUCAACGGGUUGGCCAAAGAAGGACGGGGCCACGCCCAGUUCAUCGUCGGUGCUGACAGAAUGCAGUCCAAAGUGAUGCAGUCACUGCGCUUUGCUCUGCAACCGGCUGUGGUGGACAUCUCUGUCACAUGGGAUGUACCUGCCGGUGUGUCAGUCACUACACUUACUCCGCCCAUCACAAACCUCUUCCAGGGUCAGAGGUCAUUGAUCUAUGCCCAGCUCACUGGAGAGAGCUCUGGGGAUGCAGAGGGCUGUGUGACAGUGAAAUAUAGCCUGGCAGAACAUCCUACUCAGAAUCAGCUGAAUUUCAGCCUCAAGCCGACAGAGGACACAGGGUUGACUGCCCACCGACUGGGGGCUCGGACCCUGAUUCGCUCUCUGGAGGUGGAGGCAAACGAACCCGGUGACCUUAGCGACCAAGUCAAGGCAAAGGAAAAGGUGGUCGAAGUCAGUGUCCAAUCAGGAGUGAGCAGCUCCCUUACCGCCUUCAUCGCCGUGAACAAGGGCAACGGGGAGGCUUUACAAGGGCCUCUUCUGCGCAGAAAUGUGCCGGCACCGAGGAUGAAGAUGGGCCAGAUGUCGGCGCAAAUGGCGCAACAGAGGCAAAUGCAGCAAAUGCCAAUGGCAAUGGCAAUGCCAAUUUCAAGAGGUGGUUCGCCCAUGCCUCUUUUUGCAAACCGUGUACCGAUGUCCAGUAAAGGUCUGUUUUGUAAGAGGAAAAAAGUUCACGCAGGUUCAAAUAUCAUGGCGUACAGUCUUUCUGCGGGAAUGGUAGAAAUGGAUUCCGCUGAUUAUGAGGAUCCACAAGAUCUGGCUAUCCCGGCUCCAAGGGACCCCAUGCUACAGCUGAUCUCCCUCCAGAGGGCCUCUGGCUCCUGGCUACUGGAGUCCGCUCUGGCUGCCGUAUUUCGAAGGACCCUCAAGGAUGUGGAGAGUGCAACGCCUGUGUCGGUGAGCCCAGAAGUGUGGGCUACAGUUCUGGCUGUGAUCUGGCUCCAUGGCUUCAACAAUGAUGCUCAGGAGGAGUGGGAGUUUCUGGCAAUGAAGGCCGUGUCAUGGCUGCAUGGGGAAAAAGUGCCCGGCAUGACAGAGUGCGUAGAAGCAGGGAAUGUCCUGCUGGGAUGCCAGGUGCAGGAGUCUUCCAUGGGAAUGUGAGUGGUUCAGGGUGUCAGCAGGGCAGUGUGCCUGUUCUGUGGUUCACCGUCAGCUGGGGGAUAGUACACUUUUCAGGUCCUUCCCAGAGCUGUUGCUUGUCCUAAUGGCCUUUGAUUAUUUGUGCCUUUGUGAUUGUCUGCACUGGAGGUAUUCUUCCAGGAUAAGCCAUGUAACCCAAUCCACAAUGCGUGCUUUAAAGAUAAUAAUAUUAAAUUACAUUAUUCAUUUUAUCUUACAUUUUCCAACGGCUACAUGUAGCAGCCUACCUGUGUUUGGCAGGCUACCAAACCUGUGUUUUUUGCCCGAGUUAUUUGUAAUUUGGUGCCUGAAACAAAUGCUAACAAAAUGUGCUGUAAUUGGUAUCAACUGUUAUUUUUAUUUUAUAUUUUGCUUUAAUACAAGACAAAUGGCUUCCGUCCUCAUUUGUUUUCAUUACAAAUAGUCAUGGUGAUAUAAUAAACUCUACCAUAAAAGUGUGUGUGUUACCAUAAAAGUAAGACUAUCAUUUUAGAAUAUGAGUGUUUUUUCUAUUGUAGUGAACAUAGGAACCCUAUUGUAAUCAUUAGUAUUAGUACUUUCCUGACUUUUUGGCUCCAAAAGUUAUAAAAAAAAAAAGGCAGACUUGUAGAACUCGUAAAAUUAGUAAGAAAAAGAUGGGCCACAGUAACACAUAGUUGGCGCUAUAACAAGGCCUUGAAGUUCAGCACUUCAACAGGCUGCCAUAACCACUAUGACCACACAACUUGACCACAACUUGACCACACAACUUGACCAAACACCCACACUCAAAAAAGAUUUGGUGCCGAAACUGGUAAAAGCUGCAAACUCGGCACAAAUGUACCAUGUGACUGUGGGACGAUAUAAGGUGAUGCAUUCAUAGCAAUAAGGCCAAAGACGACAGAGCUUUACAGUUUAAAGUGAACUAUAUGCAUGUCACUGAUGUUUAAACCCCUCAAAAACACAGGAAGAGAACACUCUCAGACCAAACACCAAGUUGCAACACUAACUUCAUACCAAAAUGGGGAGCUCUACUCCAGGUCACCAGAGGAACUUACUCGCCAAUCAACUCGACAGCUAUGUUAUAUCACGUUCAGUGUUUUUCUGUGACCUGACCUGUGUGCUGUCAUAAGAUCUGCCUUUUACAUUUUUGUUGUUAAUGUUUUUGUUUUUCUGGGGCUCAUUUUUUUUUAUCAUCACGGACAUACAUGUUGCACACAAAACAAGCGGGUUACAUGAUGUGUAUAUAGGCAAAUUCGCAGUGGUUUAGGCCAAUCGGAAAACAGAUUGAAAUAACUGGGUUUCACAACAGAUCUGCCCUACAGUCUCCCAUCUCUCGCACCAUUACCAGAGCCUUAGAGCGAGUAUAUAACAACAGCUGUGGCUCCACAAUAUGACGAAACAGCUGGGGUCAUUGGUAAUCCUCCCGAAUCGCUGUACAGUUUUAUUUUUAACAGGCUAUAUUUGGAUAAAGCAGCCACAUAUAUUUCUGGAAUACUCACCAUAGAAUACAAAACAACUGACCCCUUCACUGGCGAAGUGUUUGUUAUUUGAGAAUCAGGCAUAUGCAUGAUACAUUUCAAAACAAGCAAGCACGAAUGCAACCAGGUACAAUGUACUAGUCUAUGUUGUCAGAGUUCAAAUGGCAAUAGGCUUUCAAGUCCCCCAUACAAAUAUUAUAUCUACAGAGGAAGGUGCCUGCUCGGUUAAUUUAAUGGUUAUUGUUACAUUGACGGUCAAAUUUACAUUAUUUGACUGCUGGAACAGAUUUGGCUGCAAAUCAUGCAUUAUGUACAAGAAUGUUGAUUAUGUGCAGAUGUUUUUCCUAAAACGUCUGCAUCUGUAAGGUAGGCCACGUUUUUUUUUUUUACCUUUAUUAAAUCAGUGAUUGCGCGAUUGAAUCUCAUAUUCACGAAAUGGAGCUGGGUCGAAUUACGGACACUACCUGGGUUUUCGGCGGAGCUAACAGUAUGAAGAUUAGGCCUACCUAUCACGAUGAUCGUUACCAAUUUAUCAGGAUUAUAGACCAAAUUAUCAGUAUUAUUGCUUUAUUGUUAGAAUCUGCUGAAUUUUUUUAUACGGUAGGCUACUGAAACACACAAUGAAAUCAGUGCGUGUUACACUGUUUUAUAUUGAAAACCACAAAAAGCAGCACUAGGCCCUUGUCUUCAUAAAAUGUAAUUAAUGCAGUACAUUUUUUAAUUAUGUAAACAUGAAACGUGUAUUAACCUCUUCAUUAGGGCCUUUUUUCUGAUAAUAUUUGUAAAUAAAUAUAUCUCCACAACUAUAAGGGCUAAAGGUAAAAUUGCUACCACAAGCAAGCUAUAACACCUGUGAGAUUGUUGUGCAAGUGAAAUAAUAAAUGUGGAUACUACUUGGUUAGAGUGAAAAAAGAGCACUGCAUAAGUGAAAGAUUUAAUUUCUGCCUGAAAUAAAUGUCAUGUUUUAGAUUUAAUUCCACCUAAAGCAUUAUCCAGCCCUACUAUACUAUAGGGCCAUAGGGCUAGAGCAAAGAAAGAGAGGUUUUAGGAGAGGUAGGUUUAGGCCAAAUCUUCAAAUAAAUCAAUAAAUCCAAUGCCAAUUGACAACAUCAACACGAUGAAACACCAACCGUUAGAUAUUUUGAGUAACAAUGUACAUUUUGACUACAGGCCAGACAAUCGCAAUUGCACCAUAGAGCCACCAGAUGGCGACGAAUAACCUUUAUUCUAAUUGAAGGACACUAUUUUCUCUGAAACCCCUCUCUGAAAAGACGUUUAGUUGCAAAAUGUAUACACUGGAUUAUCUGUUUAUGGUGUUUUAUAAGAUCAUACACCACUUAGAUGCCUAAAACAACAAA